CUAUCGAGAAUUUGUGCGUCUCUACCAUAGACGCCGUGCCGAUUUUUGCAUUCGCAAUUAAACAGUUUUUCUUUUAAAUUUAACUAAAUUUUUAACUGAUAGACACUUUGCAAACUCGACAAAAUGCGUCCUCCAGAGUUCAAGCUUAACAAUCCGCCGGAGGAUCUGAUCUCCGCCGUGAAAUUCGGCCCAAAAUCGAACCAGUACAUGGCAGCGUCUUCGUGGGACGGAACACUAAGGUUCUACGAUGUGGCGGCAAACCAGAUGCGUCAGAAGUUCCUGCAGGAUGCUCCGAUUCUGGACUGUGCCUUCAUGGACAUCGUGCACGUGGUCAGCGGCUCACUAGACAACCAAUUGCGCCUUUUCGAUGUGAACACCCAGGCUGAAAGUGUGGUUGGUGGCCACGAGGAGCCCAUUAGAUGCGUGGAGCACGCAGAGUACGUCAAUGGCAUCCUCACCGGCGGCUGGGACAAGAACGUGAAGCUGUGGGACAUGCGGGAGAAGCGCUGCGUGGGCACCUUCGAGCAGAACAACGGUAAGGUGUACUCCAUGUCCGUGAUCGACGAGAAGAUCGUAGUUGCCACCUCCGACCGUAAGGUGCUGAUUUGGGACCUGCGUAAGAUGGACAGCUACAUCAUGAAGCGGGAGUCCUCGCUCAAGUACCAGACCCGCUGCAUCCGCCUUUUCCCCAAUAAAGAGGGCUACGUAAUGUCCUCCAUCGAGGGCCGUGUGGCCGUAGAGUACCUGGAUCACGAUCCCGAGGUACAGCGUCGCAAGUUCGCCUUCAAGUGCCACCGGAAUCGGGAGCAGAACAUCGAGCAAAUAUAUCCGGUUAAUGCACUCAGUUUUCACAAUGUCUACCAGACGUUCGCCACUGGCGGCUCCGAUGGUAUUGUGAAUAUUUGGGACGGGUUCAAUAAGAAACGCCUGUGCCAGUUUCACGAAUACGAUACCUCCAUAUCCACGCUUAACUUUAGCUCCGAUGGCACCGCUUUGGCUAUCGGCUGCUCCUAUUUGGACCAAUUGCCAGAGACUCCUACAACUGUGCCUCAUCCGGCUAUUUAUAUACGCUAUCCGACGGACCAGGAAACUAAGCAGAAAUAACGUGCCUCGUAAAUUCUUUAUUUUUAUCAACGUAUGGCGUAAAUAUACAUUUUAUCAACGUAAGCUACUUAA